UCAGGACUUAUGAAUCUUUAAAGUUGAAUCUGAUGGUUGCUUCAAAAAAUACAUAUAUUUACCACAUUUUCCAAAGCUUCAGAAAGUUUUUUAGUUUAUUCCAGUUGCUAGGAGACGGUAAGCCGGAAGAGGAAAUACCUUUCAAGACAACUUCCUGAAGAGGCCGCCAUGGCUACCAGGGAGGAAGUACUCGCCUUGCAAGCUGAAGUUGCCCAGCGUGAGAAAGAGCUGGGUUCUCUCAAGCAGAGGCUGGCGGCGGCCCUUUUGGCGGAGCAGGAGCCAGAGCUGCUGGUUCCGGUGUCGCCCCUGCCGGCGAAGGCCGCCCUGUCCCGAGAUGAGAUUCUGCGCUACAGCCGGCAGCUCGUGCUGCCUGAGCUGGGCGUGCACGGACAGCUGCGCCUGGCGACAGCGUCGGUGCUAAUCGUGGGCUGCGGAGGGCUCGGCUGCCCACUGGCGCAGUACCUGGCCGCGGCCGGUGUAGGCCGCCUGGGCCUUGUGGACUACGACGUAGUAGAAAUGAGCAACCUGCCCCGCCAAGUGCUGCAUGGCGAGGCACUGGCCGGCCAGGCCAAGGUCUUUUCUGCCGCCGCCUCGCUGCGCCGUCUCAAUUCGGCCGUGGAGUGCGUGCCGUACGCCCAGGCGCUUACGCCAGCCACCGCACUAGACCUAGUCCGCCGCUAUGACGUGGUGGCUGACUGCUCUGACAACGUGCCCACUCGCUACCUGGUUAACGACGCAUGUGUGCUAGCCGGCCGGCCCCUCGUGUCGGCCAGCGCGCUGCGCUUCGAGGGCCAGAUCACAGUCUACCACUACGAGGGCGGGCCUUGCUAUCGCUGCGUAUUCCCCCAACCACCUCCGGCUGAAACGGUGACCAACUGCGCGGACGGCGGGGUGCUCGGUGUCGUUACUGGGGUCCUGGGAUGCCUGCAGGCGCUGGAAGUGUUGAAGAUCGCUGCAGGUCUGGGCCCCUCCUACAGUGGCAGCCUGUUGCUCUUUGAUGCCCUCAGAGGACGUUUCCGCUGUAUUCAGCUGCGGAGCCGCAGGCCCGACUGUGCAGCUUGCGGGGAGCGGCCCACCGUGACUGACCUGCAGGACUAUGAAGCUUUCUGUGGCUGCUCAGCCACCGAUAAGUGCCGCUCCCUGCAGUUGCUGAACCCAGAGGAGCGAGUUUCUGUCACCGACUAUAAGCGACUUCUGGAUUCUGGGUCACCCCACCUGUUGCUGGACGUCAGGCCUCAAGUGGAAGCGGACAUCUGUCGUUUGCCUCAUGCCCUACACAUCCCUUUAAAACAUUUGGAACGGAGGGAUACGGAGAGUCUGAAACUCUUAGGAGAAGCAAUCCAGAAAGGGAAGCAGGGCGCACAGGAAGGAGUAGCUCUUCCCAUUUAUGUGAUUUGCAAGCUUGGCAAUGACUCCCAGAAGGCCGUGAGGAUCCUGCAGUCCUUGACAGCAGCCCGAGAACUAGACUCUUCAACAUUUCAGGAUGUCGUGGGCGGCCUCAUGGCCUGGGCCACCAAAAUCGAUGGGACGUUUCCGCAGUACUGAGGUGGCGUGCAUUGUCUACCCUGAGAAAGAUGUGGAUUGUCAUUUUACCCUCAACAUAUAUUACUUGCAUUUUUUUCAGUAAUGUACAGAAGAGACGGAUUUUACAACAUUUGUGAAUACAUGGACUCCUUGUCAUAAGGGGCUUUUUAACCAUAAUUUACUGGAUGGCAUAGCCAUUAGUGGGUUAUGAUACCUAGAACUGUCUUGUGUUUUCAGCAGUGAAGGGUGUCUUGAAUAUGUGAGAUAUAAUAUGACAGGAUUUUGUGUUUUAAACUGCAGGUCAUUUGCCUGUCCUGCUUUUUUGUCCCCCACCUUUCCUAGUCAAAAAGCUCUCUAAAUAGUCUAUUUUAUGUCUGGAAUUAAGUUGUAGUAAACUUAGUGCACACACAUUGAUCACGGAUGGUAUACUUAAGGUCAGUUAUUGUUUACUGACAUUCUUUGGGUCUACUGUAUUUCUAAUUCAAAUGAUAGAAUAUAUCUUACAGAAAUAAGUGUUUAAAAUGUAAAUUGUUCUAAUUACCUAGGAAGUGGUCAUUCUGUUAAAUAUUUUGAAUUAAUAAAGUGAAAUAUUCACAGGUUAGCAAGAUGAAGCCACUUUUGUAGCCUGUCAAUUUCUCGAAUAAAUUGCUGAUUUUUUCCUCAAAGUUAGCUUUUCUAGGUUCCACCUUAUGCUGUGCACGUAGACCAUUUCUAAACUGUACAUUAUGGUUGACCUACUUUGGACCCCAAAAUCAGUAUUGAAUUAAAGGGGAAUAGUGGACAUUCUUAUCUCCUCAAUCACCUGGGAAAGACUAUUUGACUAGUAUUACUUGUUGCUUUGCUGUGGAUUAAUAAUACCCUUAAUCAGAUUAAAGAAAUUUCCUUCUGUUUAUAGUUUGCUAAGUGUUAUCAUUAAAUUCUUCAAAUGCUUUUUGCUCUAUAUUUAUUAAAUUAUGUACUUCUGUUAA